AUGAGUCUCUUAAUAUGGAACUGUCGCGGGCUUGGGAACCUGCGUAUAGGGAAGGAGCUUGAAGUACUAAUUCAGGCUAAAGAUCCCUCUGUCGUGUUUUUAGCCGAAACAUGGGCAGAUGAAGUUAGGCUAAAAGAAGUUCAAAGAAAUAUCAAGUUUGAUAAUCUGUUCUACAUGGAAAGAAAUCACAGAGGGGGUGGGGGUUUGGCUCUAUACUGGAAGAACUCCAUUGAUGUCCAUGUAGACUCUUUUUUCAAGUAUCACAUAGACUCUAUAAUCAAUAAAGGCAAUGAUGAAGCUUGGAGAUUCAUAGGUUUUUAUGGAGAGCCAGCAACACACAAGAGAAUCGAAGUAUGGAGCAAACUUCGGUUACUCAACACAAAACACAACCUCCCUUGGCUCUGUGCUGGAGACUUUAAUGAAAUCACAAGACACUCAGAAAAAUUGGGAGGCAAUAACAGGAGCCAAGCUCAGAUGCAACUUUUUAGGGAUGUCAUAGACGAGUGUGGUUUCCUUGACCUCGAAUAUGUGGGAGACCAAUUCACAUGGAGAAAGCAUUUUGUUGAUGGUCACUCACUAUGGGAGAGAUUAGACCGAGGGUUGGCCAACCAUGAUUGGUUCAUGAAAUUUUCGGGUUCCAAAAUUCAUCAUUUGCAUUCAGACUCCUCUGAUCACUCGCCACUGUGGAUCACCUUGGAUGGAUUGGAUAUCCCUUCUUUCUCUAAACCAUUCAGGUUUGAAGAAAUAUGGCUCUCGGAUCGUGGAUGCUCGGAUAUUGUUGAAGUAGUGUGGUUAUCAAAGGAAGAUGGAGAGGUUCAGGAUCAUGUCAUUCGUAAAAUAGACAAAUGUGGUAAAGAAUUAAGAGCAUGGAACCGGAAUUGUUUUGGCAAUGUCAGAAUGGUGUUAAGUCGAAAGAGAAAUGAGUUAAAAGAGGCUGAAAAAGUAGCCAUGAGAUCCGGAAAUAAUCAACAGGUCAAAGAAUUGAAAAAGGAAAUAGCCGAGUUGGUUGAUAAGGAAAAUAGACUAUGGUUUCAGAGAUCUAAAAUCAUGUGGGCAAAAUUUAGAGACAGAAACUCAAAGUUUGUUCACAGCCAAGCUUCACAAAGGAAGAGGAAAAAUCUGAUCUGA